AUUACAAGUCGGCGAAGCUUAAAUAUAUUUGUUAAUGUAUUACUUGCAAUUAAAUAAUAACAAUAUUUUUAAUGUAAUUAGUAUCCAUAUGGAUUAAUAAAUAUAAUUUUAUAAAUAUCUGCAAAUCGAGUGAUAUUUUUUUUUAGAAAUAAGUGCUAAACUACAAUCAUCACCAUGGAUGAUGUCGGUAGCGAAAUCGGACAGAAAAUGCGGUCCGCAAUCAAAGCCAAGUUGACAGAACUAGGUUGCUACGUAGAUGAUGAACUCCCUGACUAUGUCAUGGUAAUGGUCGCUAAUAAGCGCACUAGGGCACAAAUGGAGGAUGACCUCCAGCUAUUCCUCGGUGACAAUACAGAGCUGUUUGUGAACUGGCUCCAUCAGGUGCUGAAGAAACUACAGGAAGUCACCGUCACUGCACCUUUGAAAUCAAUGGAAAAAGAAAAAUCAUUAACUAAGGAACAUAAAUCAAAAGAUAAAAAAGAAAAAGGAAAGAAAAACGAUAGUUUGAAGAAAGCCAAAAAGAAGGAGAAAGAAAAAGCACAUCGAAAAAAAGAGGAAAAGAAAAAUAAGAAAAAGAGUAAACAUCAUGAGAUGAUUAGGCCAAAUAUACCACCUUUGUUGAUGAACAUGGAAAAAGAGUCUGAACCCUCCAUAACAGAUGUAUUUGCUGGUCAAAUUUUAAAAAAUCAUGGUAUCAAUUUAGAUACUCAAAAAGAGGAACUGAAACAUGUAGAUAAGAAGCCUAAUAUACAAGAGCUGAAGCGCCCUAUAUUACCUAUAAUUGAUCCUGCAUCAAUUUCAUCACAGGUUGACCCAGAUUCACCUGUACCGGUUACUGUACAUGAAGGUCAGGAACUACCUAACACAACCAGCGUGUCUAUAGUGGAAACACCAAGAGACGAGCAAAUAAAUGAAAUAAACGAAAUUGAAGCUAAAAUUCAGGGUUUAAAGCAAAAAUUAGCAGAGCAACUAGAUUCUAUGUCUGACGAUGAGGAUUUUUUAAAUAUAAGAACUGAAGCUGAAGAGUUGAUGAAUGAUUUUGCUGAAGAUGUUUUUCAAGAAAUAUCACAGCAAACUCCAGUUGAUACACCUUCAUUGAACACCAGUAAAGCUGUUUCCCCACCUCCCCCUAUUCCAAAACCUCCAGAGACUACCAUAAAUCCUCCCAAAGAAUCUCCUAUUGAAAUUCUACCACAAAUUGAACUGAAGCUACCGAAGAGGCCUGUUAGAGAAAGACUGGGAGCUCGUGAGGAACCUAAAACAGUAACAGAAGUAAAAGAAAAAGUAAAGGAAAAGGGUAUACAAAAACGGACAGACAGUCCUGAAAGGUUUACUCCAGAAAGAGAACCAGAAGUCCGUCCUCAAAUUAAAUCGGCCAAAAGUCGAUUAGGUGAACUGCCUGAACCACAGAAGAGAAGCUCUGUUUCUGAAAAUACUUCUGAUAAAACAGAAUUAAGCUCGAAGAGGUUGACUUCAAAGGUGUCGGUGUUAGAAAGCAGGCCGCGUGCGAGUUGCGCGAGUGUAGUGCGUGUGCGUCCUCGACCACGUGGCACCGCGCCUGCACCCGCGCUUCUGCUUCGCGCCGUAGCAGAUGCCCACAAAAGCCUACUCAAUAUACCCCCUAAAGUGGACCCGGAAGCGAAAAAAGUGAAACGAGCGCUAGUGCGGCCCAUGCGUCGAUGCGUAGACGCGCAGAAAAUUGUUAUUCAGGUGCCUGGAGGCAACUCUCAAACGGACACGAAUGAUAAUAUUAGUUUUGGUGAUAUGGACAGCGAAGAUGACAAAACAACGAGUGACGGAGAUAAAGAUGAGUAUGUACCACCAACAAUAACAAAGAAAAUCAUCAACAAUGAUUACGUGCCAUCAUCAAUGGAGGGGAGACUGGACAAAAGGCCAGACGAGGGCAUUGUUAUAGACAGCUUUAACAUUCAUAACCCAACAGUUGGGAAAGACAAAAACACACAAUUCAUAGUCACAAUGGACGGCUACCAUCCAAAUGCUUUUCUCGCCAAGAAAUUAAUGACAGAAGGCCUGCUAAAUGAUGAAGAUGAUGCAAACAAGACCAAAGAAACUCCAACUGCGCUAGAAAGUCCAAUAGAAGAGAAACCUAAAGAAUCUGAUACAACGGAAGAUAGAACGGAACAGAAAUCUUCGCCGAAAAAUAACUUAAGUGAGACUGUAAAUGAAAGUGAAUCACCUAUUAAAAUUAAGAUAGAAGAUGAAAAACCCACUGAAAAGCGUAAAAGCAGUGACACGCUCGCGCCUGUCAAACAAGACACACCUCCAAUUAAGAAAAGAAAAGGAUCUCCAAUUGUGUUCGAUGUCAUAAAGAAAGAGAAGGAAGUGGAACGAGUGAGGGAGAGAACAGAAAGUGCUAGUAGUGAUAACCAUGUAACAGUAACAACAACUGUUAAUGCGCAUAAAUAUGAUGCACUACCACCUUUAUCCCAACCAGAGCGCAAACCAGUCUGGUGCCGUGCGUUCCCACUAUGUCGUUACGGAGCCGCGUGUGUUUUCCAACAUCCGCGCUGUAAAUUCGCAGCUGCUUGCACACGACGCGGUUGUCUGUACUCGCACGCGCUGAAUGCACCGCUGCAGCCGCUACACGCGCCAGUGUCGCCCGUCCUCGCAUCGCAUGUUGUUCCCGCUGCGAACUUCAAGACCAUAUCACCAGGGGUCGUGCCCAGCUUCUGCAAAUACCACCCGAACUGUACGAACCCAGCCUGCCAUUUCUACCAUCCUAAGCCCUGCCGCUAUGGCAAAGGUUGUAACAAUAAAUCAGAAUGUAAUUUCUAUCACAGCGAUUUACCCGCUGGCAAAUGGCGGUAUCCUGCCUAAUACUAUUAUUACUAUAUUAGAAAUGAAUAUGAAUUAUAUGCGAUUGUAUAAAGGUUGAUUAUGUUAAGUUUUUAAAAUAGAUGUGUAUCGUAAAUUAUUUGUGAUUUUAAUUAUAGCUACAAUUAAUAACGUUAGUUUAGUUAUCUACUAAAUAUAAAUGCGAAGUUGUGAAUCUUAAUGAAAUUUUAAUGUUAAGAUUGUACCACGACGACGUACAUCUUUUAUCUCUAAGAAAACGAAUUAAGUCAUGGGAAACAACUAGUAUAAAUUUAUAGUUGAAUUAGAUUAAAGUAGUUUAAUUAGCAAAUAUAAUAACACUAAUUGGCGAUGCCUGCGUUUAGAACAUUUAAAUACUUUUUUUUUUUAUUGGUGAGUUUGGUCUAUUGACAGUUUUUUUUAUGGAUGAUAAUGGAAUGCUGCACCCGCCUGCGCUAACGGUUUACGCUGGCGGGGCAUCAGUGGAGGAUGAUAAGAUGAACAUGAGGUCAGGUCGGUUAGCACAUCGUGACAAAUUAACCAAGAAUUUAUCACGAUGGUUUCCAGGGGGAACCGCGUGGAGGGCAACUUGACAUGGUACAAUGCUAGUAUUGGGGUUAUGAGUCCACAUUACUAACAAUCCCCUUCUCCCCCGGCUAUUGUCAGUUGCUUGGACCUGUAGCACUGCGACCUAUAUAGAUCUAUUGUGAUCGGGACAAGAAUUGAAGGAUAUUCAUAGGAGCGAAAACAUUUAUAUGCAAAGUUUCAUUUAAAUCCAUACUUGGGAUCGUAAAUAGCCAUUAGGCAUAGUUUAAAAGUAAAAUUAAUAAUUUUAAAUAUGGAACGUCGAAAGAGUUGUGAUACUGUUUUGUUUCUGUAGUAAAAGUUAAGUGUUGUGUUAUAUGCGAUUUAAAUUAAUUGUACUGCAUAAUCUAUUAAUUAUAUGCACAUUUUUGUACAUGUUAUGGCGUCACAAUUAAAUGCAUAA